ACAGAUGGAGAUAAAUGAAGUAGAAAUGGCGAGUGAUAUGCCUCUUGUCCAGCUUCCACAAAGAGGAGAAAGAAUAAACGUUCCUCUCGUGCAGUCCCGAAGUGAAGAUCAGCGCCUUGUAACCAGUGCUCGUCAAACUGACAAAAUUGAUGCCGAUGAUUUGGUCGCGCUGGCAAAUCAGUUAAACAGUGCCCGCCAAUUGGUGAAAGGAAGAGCUUGCGAUCGUCUGAAGCAAAUUGCCGAUCAAAUGGAACAAUUACAUAUGGCAGCUCGUGCAGUUCUCGAAGAUGCUCAACGCGAUGAGCAUUUGCAUAACGUUCCCUGUAACAUGGAGAAGCAACCUGGCCGAAUUUACCAUUUGUACCAGAAGCAAGGAAGCAUGAACAAAUAUUUCUCUAUGUUGGCUCCUAACGAGUGGGGAUACCAAGAGAAGAAAGAAGAAUAUCUUGGAUCAUAUCGGUUGGAAUAUGACAGAAGCUGGACUCCUGUAGGAGAAAUGGAUCGUAAAGACGAAGAAGUCGCUCGUCUUCAGCAACUUCUUCAACGGGAAGGACCGGUCGCCUUACGUGGGAAUCCUAAUUUUUAAGAAGCAUAUGUAACAUUCGUAAAAACGCAUAGAUUUUCAAUUCAAUUCCAAUAACCGGGUUGUUUCUUGUGUGCCUGAUACUUUCAUGAAUAUUGUGAUAAUUCGAAAUUAUUUGUUAUCUUAUAGGUUACCACCCUACUCUUAAUUUUUUAUCUGGAAAAAUCACACUACUCAUUCUGUGAAAUAAUUUUGUAGAUGAGUUUAACAACAAUUAUUUUUGACAAUG